AUGAAAAACCUAAAAAAAGCAUUAGCCAAAAAGCACGAAGAAUAAAGCUUGAAAAACAGUCAAUAAGAUUCUGUUAUUUUUGCUAAAAAUACAGAAAACUUCUUAAAGAGUGACUCAAGCAGUAGUGACUAAGAUGAAGAAUUUGAAGAAAAACAACUUCCUGUUAUCAAGAAAUAAUAUGGAUUUAAUGGAAUACCAAAUAGUUAUGCUUUCAAAAUAAACGAUGAGUCAAGCGAUGAAGAUGAUGAAGAAAUUUUUAAAGAUUAGGUAUCUCCUAAAAUAAAUGAACAAGGCAAAAAUACGAUUUACGAAAUUAGAAACUAUUAAAAGGAGUUGUUUAAAAAUUCUUAUAGCAAAAAUAGUAUCAUUUAUCUUGAAACAGGUGCUGGAAAGACUAUGAUUGCCACAAUGCUUAUAAAUUACUUUUUCUAAAAACAAAAAAAGGCUCCAUAAAAAAAGAAAAUUAUUUUUUUAGCCAACACUGUAUAGCUUGUAAAACAAUAGUACGCAGAAAUAAAGAAUAAUUUACAAAGAAUUUCAGAGAUGAUGGAAAACGAUAAAGAAAUCAGCUAGAUAUUAAAAUUUUAAGAAGGCAUUAAUUACAGAAGAAUAUUUGAAAAAGAAAAUCAUAUUGUGAAGUGUCAUGGUAGUUAUAAGCAAAAGGAUAAUUUAUAAAUAGAAACUUUUACUAAAUAAAAAUGGGACUACUUACUUGAAAAUUAUGAAAUAUUCGUUAUGAUUGGUUAGGUAUUGUUAAAUGGUUUACGUAGAGGAUACAUUCGCAUUGAAGAUAUUGAGGUUAUUAUUUAUGAUGAAUGUCACCAUACGAGAUAAGAUCAUCCUUAUUGCUUAAUAUAAUAUGAGUUCUAUCACUUUCACAAAAGACGUAACGAAUAGGUUUAAUUGCCAAAGAUUUAUGGAUUAACUGCCUCUCCAGUUUUGGAUAUAGAAGUAAAAUCUGAUUCAAAUAUCAUGAAGAAAAAAAUCUCAGAACUCUGCACAAAUUUAGAUGCAAAUUUUGUAAAGUAUAAUAUCGAGGAAUCUAAAAAAUAUAUCAAAGAAGCUACAAUUUGUGUUGAAGAAUAUGGUGAAGAAAAGAAUAUUUAAGAAAGAGCAAAUUAGUUCUUAUAAGAAUAAAUUAUUGGAGAGAAGUGGAUUUCUGACAUAGAAGAUAAACAGAAUGAGGAAAUGAGAUACACUGAGAUUUUAAAUUUCUAUAUUAAAUUUUAAUAAUUUAAGAACUCAUAUUUUAGCAAUUUAAGUCCAAUGAAUAAGUAGAUAUUGCUAGAUAUAGAAAAAAUUAUCUGCUUAUAUAGCAUGCAAGUUGAUGCUCAGUUAGGAAAAUAUUCUGUCAGUUUAUUUUUGAAAGAUGUUAAUGAUGAACUAUAAAAACUUGGCCAAUUUUAGCACAAUAAUGAAGAAAUGUAGGAAUUAAAAAAACUAUUCAAAGCUUAAACAGAAAAAUUUAUAGAAUCAGUAGAUAAAAGUGAAAAAAAUAUUUCUAAAAAAUUCAUGUUUUUGUAUAAUAAAUUAAAAUAAACAAUGAUACAUGAUAAAGAAGAAUUUGAGUGCUAUAAAGUCAAAAAUAAAUACUACGAAUAAGAAUUUCACUAACAUGAGAAAAUAACUAAAGUGUAAAAAUACAUUAAGGAUAAUUAAUCGAUGAUUUUAGUUUUUGUUGAAGAAAAAAUUAUCAUUAAAUACUUGCAGAAGCUUCUUUAAAUUUGGAUGGAUGAUGAAGAUAGAGAUAAAGAUGAAGAUGAAAUUAUUUUUAGAUAUAAAAAAAUUGUUUGCUUAACAGGCUAAUCAAACUUCUAGGAUCGAAAGAAGAAAAAUUUAAAUAAAAAUUAAUAUUAAAACUCUGAAUUCACAUAAAAUGAUAAUUUUGAAUUUGCUGAAGAAGAGUAUAGGCAGUAGCAAAUGAAAUAGGAAAGCUUAAUCAGCAGUUAAAUAAACAAAGAAGAGGAUAUAGACUCCUUGAAAGAAAAAAUUAAUGAUCACUAAAAAUCUGCUUAAAGAUGUGUUCUUGUUAAUCUUGAUUUUGAAGUCAGCAAAUAAUCUGAAAACAUUGAGGCAUUCAGAAAAAAAGAGUUGUAAAUAAUUCUCUCAACUAGUGUAACUGAAGAAGGUUUCGAUAUACCUUCCUGUAAUUUGGUUAUUUCGUUUAAUAAAAUAUCUAACUUGAAGUCGUUCGUUCAAAUUAAAGGAAGAGCGAGGAAAGAAAAUUCGAAGUUUAUAAUCAUGGCAAAGGACAAAUAUCAAAAAUAAGAUUAUGAAACAGAUAUUGAAUCUUACAAAGAUUUAAUUUAAUAAAUUAAGGAAAUAGCUCCAAAAGUUGAGAAAUAAGAAAUUGAAAUCAGACCUAAUUAUAAAUAUAAGAUUGUCAAAGAAACUGGGGCUAUUUUAAAUACAAAUUGGUCUGUAAAUCUGUUUCAUACUUAUGCUAACUAGCUUCUUUAUAGCUAUGAUUCGAAUAUCAAGGGACCUUUUUACUAUUAUAUUGAGAUUACAAAUGUUGGCUUUAUUUGCUAAAUAAUUGUUCCCUCCUAAUCUGGAUUAAAAACAUUUUGCAGCAAUCCUUAGGCUUAAAAAGAGGAUGCAAAAAAAGAUGCAUGCUUUUAGGCUGUUAUCAUUCUUUACAGAUAAUAUAAAAUUUUUGACUAGUAUCUGAGAAACAUAUCUUAGAAGAUACAAAAUUCAUAAAGUGAAAAAUCAGAAUCUUUAUUUGAAGACGAAAAAGAUGAAAAACUCACUAAAAUACUAUAAAAAUAUUGUAAAUCUUAUGUAGAUGUAAAACAAAAAUGUAAAAUGUACUACUUUUAGUCUGUUAUGGGAGAGUGCUUUAAAUAAAGUUUUUUUAAAUCUAUUUUAGAUAUUUAGUAAUAAAAAAGUUAUACAUUUUAAUUGUACUUGAUAAAGUUCAAUGAUUAAGGGAAGAAACUCCCUUCUUCUGGUUUUAUAAAAAACUAAGAUUCUGAAUUAGGUAUCAUACACAGCACUUAAAUUCCUAUAAAAGAUACAAUUAAAUACUAUCUUUAAAUGCAUGAAAAUGAAGUUUAUGCGAAUAUGAUAUAUUAGUAAGAAAUUUAGAUAAGUCAAUAAUAAUAUGACAAGCUAAUGUUGAUUAAUAGAUUUUUAAAUUCUGUUGCCCUAAAUAAAGAUAUUGAGUUCUAUGCAGAAUAUACAGGAGAAGUUGUAAAUGGCAAAGGGAAAUUAUUUAAAGAUCAUGGUAAAAAUGCUAGCAAGAACUUAUAAUAUAAAUUUGAUAACUCAGAAGGAUUCAGUGCACUACUCACUGUUAUUAGGCCAUCCAAUAACAAUACAAAUCUUUAUGAAAUCAAUUUUGAUCAUAUUGAAAUAUUAGAAAAGUACAUUAAUUACAUGAGUGGAGUUUAUAAAGUUAGAAACAAGACUAAACUAAAUGAAGAAGAGAAAGCAGCUAGGUUUUAAAGUAGAAAAUUAAAAUAAGAUGAUCCAUUUGCUGAUUAUAAAGUCAAACCUUAUUAUGACUGUGUAAACUUUUUUGAUUGUACUAAGUAGCUAGAUCCAAAUAUUUAUUAAGAUUCAAGAAAAAAAUUGGUGUUACAAAGCAUCAUGUCUGGAAGACAUCUUAAUCGUUUUAUAUUUUAUGGGUGCAAAAGCUAUGAAGAAAUCUAAAAGGAGUAUUAAUAGGUUCCCACGGGAAAAGAUCCUUUUAAGUAAAUAAAAUAGUUAAAGGCUUAAGUUGAGUUGGAGGAAGUCUCAUUUACUUCAAAUGAGAAUCAUAUGGUAUUAUAGGUUUAGCUUUUUACUAAGCAUUUGAGAAGUUAAACCAACUUAUAUCUUAAAAGAGUUGGCGUCCUGACAGAAAAUUUUAAGGGUGAUUAUAAAUAUUCCCCUCACUAGUUCACUAUAUUUCCUUUAAAUGUUAGUCUUCUUAUGAAACUUAAUAUUUUGCAUAAAACAUUCCUUUACUAAAUCAGAGACACAUUUGGAGUGCAUCACUUUUAAUAAAUCCGUCUUCCUAAAUUUUUUGAUAAGGCUUAUUAGAGAAUCAAAAAUAAUAAUAAAACGAGUUGCUCCUAUAACCUUGAUUAAAUUGAAUAACCUCACUUUUUAGUAGAAAAUUAUUAAGGAGUUUUAGAUGUUAUGAGCAAAAGUGAAAAAUAUAAUUAAUUUUGUAAGAAGUACAAUAACCACCAACUAAUGGAGGGAUACAAUCAGAUAAGCAUUAGAAAAUUUGAUUAAAAAUAUAUAAAACAUAAUCCUAUAUUUGAAUCAUAUUAAGUAUAUAAGAAAAACAUCUUUGAAUUGUAGAUUAGCGAGUUAAUGAAGUCUUUGACCUCUCUAGAAUAUGCUGUUAACAAUAAGGAAUCAUCACUAGAAAGAUAUGAAUUUCUUGGUGAUACAGUUUUGAAAUGUUUAUCUAGUACACAAAUCUAUUUUGAACACCCUAAAAGCAUGGAAGAUCAUCUCCAUGUUCAUAGAACUAUAAUUAUACAGAAUAGAAACUUGGCAUAAAUUGCUGUAAAAAAGAAAAUAUUUAAAUAUAUUUUAUCUUCUAAGAUUGAAACGCUUUCUCCCAUAGGAAUAAAAUAUGAAAUAGCAGUAGACGAUGAUGAAUAAAAUUAAUUCUAGAAAGAAAAGGAGCCAGAUGAGUACGAUAAAGCUGACUAAAGGAAUAAAAAUAAGAAAGGCAAUGAAGAAGAUGGAGAUGCAGAAAAUGAAGAAAUUGAAGAAUAAUAAUAAUAAAAUGACAUUCCUAAUUUAUUGCGUUUAGAACCAACAUAUCGCCACAUUAAAGGAAAAACUUUAGCUGAUACUUUGGAAAGUAUAAUCGGUGUAUUUUUUUAACAGAAAAAGGAUUUAAAUCUUUGCUAAUAUCUUUUGUUCUCAUUGUAAGUUCUCAAUAAGCCAGAUUUAACUUUUAACCAUAGCUAUGAUAGAAGCCUGCAGUAAAGUUAGCUGUAAAACCCUAUUUAUGUCCAAUUGAAGGAGAUAGAAAGUAUUUUAGGCUAUACAUUUUAAAAUAUAAACCUCCUAUUUUAAGCCUUCACACUUCCAAGCAUUGAAAGUCUUUGUAUUUAAAUCCCCAGUUUAAAAAAUACAAACUUAAAUAAAUUGCAUCAAAUAAAUAAUGCUAUUUAAAAAAAAGAAAAUUAAGGAACAUUUGAAAAAAUUGAUUAAAUUAGCAAAGAAAAUCAAAAUAAAAUUUACUAAAAAGAUUCUAAUGAAUGGGAAAAUUUGAAAAAUUAUAAUCUGUGCAAUCAAAGAUUAGAAUUUUUAGGAGAUGCAGUCCUUGAUUUAAUUAUCGUCGAGUAUUUAUUCAACAAAUUUCCUAACUCUGAUCCUGGUGAGUUGACAUAAAUGAAAACUUCAUUGGUACAAAACAAAACCCUCUGUUUAAUCAACUUAAUGAAGGGAUUUUAUAAAUUUAUCAUUGGAAGCAUUUAACAUAAUAAAGAAGAAAUAGAAUUAUUGCUCAAUAAUGUUGAAAUGUUUAUGGGAGAUACUUCUUUAAUGUACGAUACAACUUAUAAUUAAUCAUUAAUUAAGACAUUAGGUGACGUAAUUGAAAGUUUAGUUGGAGCGAUAUUUAUUGAUAAUAAUUUAGACUAUGAAAUUACCAAAAAAAUUGUCAUGGAAACACUUUUUGCAGAAAUAUUGCAAUAUUUUACUGGCUAAGAACAUAGACUUAAAAAUUUACAAUUGUAUAUUGAGAAAGUUCUUAAGAAAGAGUUUGGCAAAGUCAGUCUAAUAGAAGAUGAGACAGAUAUAAAGGAAGGCAAAAAGAGAUUUUUUAUUUAAUCUGAAGAUAAUAAUAAGGAAGUUUCCUUCGAAGUUUAUGCAUAUGACUAAAUAGAUGCUAUAGACUAAAUCUAUAUUGAAAUAAACUAAAAAAAGCGUUAGAAAAAAUGA